AUGGCGGCGGUGCGACUCGGUGCGGCGCGGCUGCGGGCAGCCGAGGCGUCGAUAUGGCAGGCUGCGAUAUCAACAGCAUGCUCGAUGCAAACCGAGGCCAACAAGAUUGCCACAAAGCCGUUUCCUGCCGAAGAAUAUCAUGCUCGGCGAUCUGCGCUGGCCAACAUCUUGCCACCCAACUCGCUGGUGCUCGUGGCAGCCAACACGCUCCGAUAUGCCAGCCACGACAUCCCCUAUCGCUUUCGCCAGAACAGCAACCUGGCAUACCUGGCCCCUUUGCCCGAGCCCGAUGGUCUCUUUAUUCUGCGCACGGACGCUGCGCGCCGAGUGAUUCACACUGCUUUGGGCGUGCUGCGCAAGGACCCACACCGAGAGCUCUGGGAUGGCCAUCGCAUUGGGCCCGAUGCAGCUCCGGCCCUGAUGCAUGUCGACCAAGCCGUCGUGGCCGAACUACCCGUGCUGCUGGAGACGGUGGCACCACACUUGACGGAUUGUAGUGGCAUUUAUGUGCACAUGGGCGAUGCGACACCGACGGCCUGUGCUGGCCUCCUGACGCAGCUGCGGUCACAAUGUCCCAAUCAGCCCAUUCAGGAGGUGGCGCCUUACCUCGCCCGGCUACGAUCCGUCAAAUCGCCUCGCGAAAUUGUACAUCUGGCUGCUGCGGGCCGCGCCUCUGCGUUGGCCAUGAACCAGACCUUUGCACGCCUGGCCGAGUUGAGCUCGGAAUGGGAAGUCGACGCGUCUCUUGAAUUCGCCUAUCGACGCCUCGGGUGUCAGGGCCAUGCUUACCCACCCGUUGUGGCCGCGGGCGAGCACGCCCUAACCCUCCACUACGUCACCAACGACGCACCGCUGCGCGCCGGUGAUCUGCUGCUGGUGGACGCCGGUGCCGAGCGGGCCGGCUACAACGCUGACAUAACCCGCACCGUCCCCAUUAGUGGACGCUUUUCCGAUGCGCAGGCCGAGCUGUAUGACGCAGUCCUGCGCGUGCAGACGCGCUGCCUCGAACUCUUGAUGUGGGGCGAAGCGCGCAAUCUGAUGCAGCUGCACCAGCAGUCCGCACGCAUGGUGGUUGAGGAGGGCAAGCGCCUCGGUCUGCUCUCUUCUCGUGCUACAGCUUCUGAUGCACGCUCGCUCAUGCCGCAUUCCAUCGGUCACCACCUUGGCCUGGACGUGCAUGACCCUGGCUCGCCCGUUGAACCCCUCAGCCCCAACAGCGUGGUUACGGUUGAACCCGGCAUUUAUGUCCCCAAUAGCGACGCCUUUCCCAAAGCAUACCGCGGCAUCGGCAUCCGCAUCGAAGAUAACGUGGUCAUUGGUGGGGCUACCGAAGGCCUGCAGGACCUCACCAAGAACUGCUACAAGGUCCCCACCCCCAUUGCCGAGUUUGCUGCCCAGAUUGGACUUGACAACUUCCGCAUCUCCUUGGGAUCCAUUGUGGCGGCCGUGUAUGCCGCUGGCUACCUUGCCAUGGAGCCCGUGGCCGGCAGCAUCGCCUCCAUCUGCCUCCUCUAUGGCUCCAACUGCGCUCUCAACUAUGCCACCACGGAACCCAACGCCAUGAUCAAGCUCGGCGCUCUCCAUGCGAGCUGCUGGGCCAUGCAAUUUUUCGGCCACUUUGUGUUUGAGGGCCGUGCUCCCGCGCUUUUUGACAACCUGUUUCAGUCUCUCUACCUGGCCCCUCUCUUUGUGCUCCUGGAGAUCAUGUUCAUGUUUGGUUACCGUCCCGAUCUGUCCAAGAGCAUCUACGACAAUGCCGAACGGGACAUCAAGAACUGGAAGGCAAGCAAGUCGAAGUAAAGCCGUCGUUUUGCUCUGCCACCCUUCAAUCGGGUCGAUGGCUGCUUCUUGUUGAUUUAUGUUCGCUUGGCUACUGGCUGCCUCCAACGUGCUUCUGCCUGUGCUUUUUCUUUGCUUUGUUUCUAUCAAUCCAUGCGCUUUACUC